UUCUCUGCUAAGAGGCACGAAAAAGUUUGGUGAUGUAAAUAAUUCGAACAAGUACAAACAAUAUAUACGUAAACAAAUCUCAGGAAAGAACAUGCCUUCUUCGGUUCGUCCCAAAGGUUCGGGCGGUGGAAGCAGAGCCCCGCCGGUCACCCCCAUGUCCGAGCGGCAACAGAUGGCGCUCCUCAUGCAAAUGACUUCGUCGAAUGAGUCGGGGUCUCGGAGUCCGAGCUCGGGAUCGCGGACGAGAGACCGGAACGAAAGAGGUGAAACCCCAUUGCAUUUAGCGGCUAUUAAGGGAGACGUAGAACAAGUUUGUAGAUUGUUGGCACACCGUGCUGAUCCUAAUGUAGCCGAUUUUGCGGGUUGGACGCCCCUACACGAAGCAUGCAAUCACGGUUGGUAUGAGGUGGCGUUCCGACUGCUCCAAGCUGGGGCGAAUGUGAACGCGAAAGGUUUAGACAACGAUACCCCUCUGCACGACGCGGUCAUUAACGGGCACUUGAAACUGGUGAAACUGUUGGUGGAAAAGGGCGCCGAUAUAAACGCCAAAAAUUCAAAAGGCAAAACUCCCCUGGACGUUGCUGUGGCGAGCGUUCAACCGUACUUACUCAACCCCGGCUUACCCUUGCCAGAAUCUGGGGGCGGUUCUCUGCGGGUGCAACCCCGCACUAGGGAUGACAAGAAGGUCGCUGGUGUGCCGUCUUCGUCAUCGUCCGAUAGUAAACAGAAAACGGGGGGCGCGGACUCGAUGGACGUGAAGGCGGGGGCGGGAAGCGCGUCGGGGACGACUGCGACCGCCCCCGAUGAUGUUUACGAGUUCAAAUCGGUAAAAGACGGCGACUCGUCGCCCGAGAAGUGCUCUGAAGGCGACGGCGAAGCGACAGACCCGUUGUCAUUGUCCGCCUCCGAGGAGGCGGCGGGAGCGGCAUCGAAGCGACCGUACGCGGACUACGAGGGCGGCGAGGACUCGUCCAUCGACGAGGAUAACAAGAGAAAGAAGCGAAAAGAGGAGGGCGCGAAACCGGUACAAAGGAGUUCUGGUCAGGGCAAGGGCCAAGGCGGUAAACAAUCGGUCAGCGGUCAGGGCAAGUCCGCUGGAUCAGCUACGAAGUCGGGAGGGCCUUCGGCGGGGGCGGGAGCGGCGGUUGCUGCCUCCUCGGGCGACAAGAAAAGUCCGUGUCCCAGUCCGAAACCGACAACGGUCACGGGCGGAGGCGGGGGCGCCACCAGCGACGCCGAACUCGAAGGCGGCGGCGGCGCCGGCGGUCCGGACGGAAAGACUUCCGAUUUGAAGGUGCCGCCCCUGAAAAUCGUCAUCCCGCAGGGUAGCGGCGGCGAACAGGAGACGGGCGCCUGCAGGAACGGCAAGAGCAGCUCGCAGAGGUCGCACCAGGCCCUCCCCUACGUGGUGCCCAGCUCCGGUGCCGAAGCUGCCGAUAAAGACGCACCCCCAACCAGCCCGGAGGGGGGCGCCGCGGGCUCCAAAGAUACCGACAAGAAAGAAACCAGCGGCGGCCAGCCGGAGGAUCAGCGGGCGGGCUCCGGCCAGCAGCAUCAGCGCGUGUUGAGGAGUUCGCAACGCGCCGGCCCGAGCAGCGGCGACUCGUCGCCGCCCUCUCCCCCCACCGGCGCGAGCGAGCCGUCGACGGAAGUGGGAGGGGCGUCCGGGACGGCCUGCGCCGUCGUCGAAUCGCAGGCGAAUCCGACGGCGGAAACGGAACCGGCGGCGGGAGCGGCGGCCGCCGCCAUCGCCGCCCCGCCCCCCGCCCCCGUCGAGCUGCACCCGCGCAAGCGCAAGCUGAAGCAGAACAAGGAGCAGUCGGCGGCGCAGCAGCAGCAACAGCAGCAGAGCCAGGAGGCGGGAGACGCGUCGUCCGAAUCGCGGGAGGUCCACCCCCACGAUCAGCCCAUUACCAACUGCUAUCGGCUGUUCCUCAACAUCCGCAAACAGAUCGAGAAGCGACGCAAGGGCCUGUUCCCCGUUCAGCCGAAACCGCCGCAGGGAUUCAAGGACUACCUGAUGAACCGGUGCACGUACGUGUUGGCGGGCACCGCCCCCACGUCACCGAACGUCACGUACCCAGCGAACCUGCCCGCGCAGCUCAAGGACCUGUUUAUGGAACAGGAAAAGGAACGGUACAAACUGAGGAUGCAGCACGUCAUCGAGAAGGAGAAACUGGUGCUGUCGGUCGAGCAGGAAAUCCUGCGAGCGCACGGCAGGGCGGCUCGCGCCUUGGCCGAGCAGUCGCUACCGUUUUCGGUGUGCACGAUCCUUAGAGAUGAGGAGGUGUACAAUCUGAUCACUCCCGAGCAGGAGGAGAAAGAUCGGAACACGAGGUCGCGGUACAACGGACGUCUGUUCCUUAGCUGGUUGCAAGACGUCGACGACAAGUGGGAGAAGAUAAAGGAGCACAUGCUGCUGCGGCACCACAACGAGGCGGAGUCGCUACACGCCGUACAAAAAAUGAACUGGGAGUGGAAGCUGAAAGAGCACUCGCUCUGCGAUCGCAAGACCACGCCCAAAAUCGACGAGCUUCACGUGCCGAUGGUUCACGUGAGCGACGACUUUGACCUGUUGCCCGCUUAAGCGGCGGAUCUCUCUCUGCUUUUUAUUUAAUAAAUGUAUAUUACCAUGUAUAUGUUACCGUCCAUCUGUCACUCCCAGUUAAAAUAGCAGUUUGUAACAAAUUUAAAACUUACCUCCUCCCAGCUUUAAGACGUAAAUUCUAGAAAAACUCUUGUUGGUUUCAAACCGCAAUGCGUAGUCCAACAUAUAUUUCAAAGUUACUGUUACUUUGCCACUAAUGGUUGAACAAUUAGUAAGAAAAAAAUAGUUAUUUUAAAUCAACUUUCAGAAAUAUUAUUGACACCAAUAAUUGACAAUUGGGAGUAGAUAUAUAGUGCCGAUAUAAGCAACAAAAACCGUACAUAACCUCAAUUUCCUAACCCCCCGCAGCGGGGGCCCCCCGCGCGUGGCGUCCUAGUGUCCCCCCUGGCUACCAGAGUGUAGCGUCCUGUUUUGCCCCGGUUCCGCCCGUCGCUGCUAGAUGUCGCGCGCUCCGACCGUCGUAGGCCCCCCCGGUAGAGGGCGGUGAAGGUGCGGCGCGGUGACGCGGUGGAUCGGGAGGAUAAUUACGUUGUCUACAUAUGAGCUAAUAAAUAUUUACUAUUGUAUCUAUAGUUUUUCUUUUAUUAAACCGUGAUUAUUGAGACACUCUGUAUAAGUCACUCGACUUGUUUACCGACGACCCGAUCCCCCGCGUCAC